AUGGCAGAGAUUGACAACAAAGCAUCAUCUCGCCAUGUCGAGUCCACUGGGAAGCCAUUGGACUUGGUGGAUGAAUCGUUCGAGGGGUUGACUCCGGAGGAAGAACGGGCCCUGGAGAAGCGCCUGGUGCGCAAGAUCGAUCUGCAUCUGAUUUCUUCGCUGUUUCUACUAUUUAUUUUCAAUAUCCUGGACCGGUCCAACAUCGCCAAUGCCCGUCUGGGAGGGCUACAGGAAGACCUGGGCCUUUCUGACACACAAUAUCAAACUGCGGUAGCCAUCAUGUUUGUCGGCUACCUGGUAGGCCAGGUGCCGAGUAACAUUCUGUUGACCCGUUUGAAACCCUCCCGCUACAUUCCAGCAGCCAUAUUCAUCUGGGGAGGGAUUUCGAUCUGCAUGGCUGCGGUACAUGGGUACGCCGGCAUUAUAUGCGUGCGCAUAUUCCUGGGGUUCGCCGAGUCUCCAUUCUUUCCCGGGGCUUUGUUGCUGAUAAGUUCCUGGUACAAACCGUCCGAAAUUGCGGUGCGAGUAGCCGUGGUGUAUUGUGGUAACACCAUCGCCAACGGGUUUGGCAGCAUGUUUGCCGCGGGCGUCAUGAGUGGAUUAAACGGCAAAGGCGGGCUGGAAGGCUGGAGGUGGGUAUCUCCUGGCAUACUCUGGGAGCGUAUAGCUAACCAGUGCGCGAACAGAUGGCUAUUUAUCAUUGAAGGGGCUGGCACAAUGGUGGCCGGCCUUCUCGCUGUCGCGCUUCUCCCAGACUUUCCUCGUUCCGGGCAGCGGAAGUGGCUAUCGGAACAGGAGCAGCGCUUUUCCGAAUGGCGUCUCGCCCGCGCCGCAAAUGAUGAGGUCGAUGAGAAUGGUUCCAUCCGCGAGGGCUUGCGGGAUGCAUUAUUAGAUCCCAAGGCGUGGAUGUUGAUCCUGAUCCAGGUUUGCCAGCUCACAUCUCAAAGCUGGACCUACUUCUUCCCUACCAUCGUCAAAACACUGGGAUUUAGCAACAUCAUCACGCUGCUGAUUACGGCUCCGGUGUACGUCUUUGGCUUCAUCACCGCUCUUGGUAAUUCCUUCAUUGCGAACCGAACGAGCCAGCGCGCAGUUCUUAUCGCGUGGCCUCUAAUUAUAGACAUCGUGGGAAACGUCAUGGUCAUAUCGUCUCGAGCCACUGCAGUCAGGUACAUCGGCAUGUUCUUAAUGUGCGCUGGUUCAUAUUCCGCUUUCAAUGUCGUUCAAGCCUGGAUUGCCAGUACGAUCCCGCGGACACGCACCAAGCGGGCCAUUGUGUACGCGUUGGUCAACCUCUUCGGUAACUCGUCCAAUAUAUACGGCUCGUACUUCUUUCCCACAUCCGACUCGCCACAGUACCGGCCUGGUGGUAUCACCCUUUCAGCGUUUGCUGCUGCCGGAAUCGUCUUGACUGGGCUGUUGGCAUUGUAUCUCCAUACGCUCAAUGUGAAGGCACAAAAGGCAGAGGAGGAGGACGGGCAGAUUCGUUAUAAGUAUAUCUGGUAAUUGGUUGCUGAGCAAGUGCUGAGUGCCGGGGUGGAAUAAAUGGAAACUUACCAACUUGCGAGACUUCCCAAGAUUAC